CUGAAUAUCCGGGGAACAAGCAUGAUCUAGAAGUCUUUUCUCCUAGAGCCCGCUAGCUUCGCAUUUCUUCGUUCAAUGUCGGUCGCCAUCCGUGGGCCCGGAACAAUGCAUACCUAUAAAACACGCUGCCACCUUUGCUCUCAGUUUAUCGGGCAGUACCUUCUACAAUCUGGUCAAGGAUCUGAGGUAACUCCUCCCUUCAUCCAUGAUGCCGGUUUUCGCCACCUUCUUUGCUGUAAUAGCGGGUAUUGUCAGUUUUUCAUCUGCCUCGCCUGUGGAGACAUCAAGUGUAGCAAGUCUUUCGAAUUCGAAGUCCUCUCUUACUCUGAUCUACCAAAACAACUUGAAUGGUUCAGACGACAAGAAUCACAUCGGCGCCAUCAUUCUUGAUGCGGUGACCCCUUCGAGCGCAGCCGCAGCUUGUGCGGCAUUGAACGAGAGGCUUCUGUCUAAAUCAUCCCUGGAACAGUAUCAGUCCGACUUCAUAGAUGCUCUCACUUACCAGGAUUUCGCCAAGUACUACGACGCCGGCAAGGGCUUUCAUAUCGACGAUGGUAUUGUCUCCGUCAACAGGCAGUUGAACUUUGCCUCGGCCUCUGGGUCUUCGAAGAACGCUCUGCCGGUUCUAUGUACGCAAUCUGCGAACAACGGAUCGUCGAGCGCGAAACUCGUCAAUGGCACAGAAGUUACUUUGGCAUCAGGUGGCAACAAUUUCAUUGGCUAUCGCAAUCAGAAGUCGUUCCGUUUCCUUGGUAUCCCCUACGCUGACGUUCCACGACGAUUCAAAUACUCUUCUCUAUAUUCCAAGAAAGAUCAGACUAUCCAAGCGACUUCAUAUGGAGCACAGUGUGCGCAAGGUGCCUCCGGCAGCGAAGACUGCCUUUUCUUGAACAUCCAGACGCCUUAUAUUCCCAAAACAGGCUCGAAGCAGAAGCUUCGUCCCGUUAUGUUUUGGAUUCACGGUGGUGGUUUUACGGGUGGUAGUGGCGCCGAUGCGACCUCAGAUGGUGGCAAUCUUGCCAGCAAGGAAGAUAUCGUUACUGUUUCGAUCAACUACCGCCUUUCAACCCUCGGUUUCCUGGCUAUCCCUGGGACCGACAUUAAAGGCAACUUUGGUAUUGCAGACCAGAUUACGGCGCUCGACUGGGUCGUUGCGAAUAUCGCAGCGUUUGGAGGCGAUCCUAAGAAGAUCACCAUUUCCGGCGAGUCAGCCGGGGCUGGAUCUGUUCGCACACUUCUUGGAUCACCCCAGGCAAUUGGCAAAUACCAGGGGGCUGUAUCCAUGUCCAAUCUUGGUGGCGGCGUCACUCUAGGCCUCAAGGGCGACUAUGGUACGACUUACUCGACAUACUACACCAUUGACCAAUCGUAUGCUGUUGCAGGGCCUCAGAUAUUCUCUGGUGUGGGUUGCAACAGCACCGAUGUCUCGAGUCAGAUUGCCUGCCUAGAAAAAGUACCUGCUGCCACCCUCGUGGGUCUUUCAACCGUGGCUCGCUAUGUUGUGCAGGACGGCAAGUAUGUCGAUACGUCAAACCUCAUCCUCUCGACCCGCAACGGAAGUACUGCCCAUGUUCCCGUAAUCUUCGGCAUCAUCCGCGAUGAUGGUGCAUCAUUCUCAACAUACCCAAAGACACCGAUUGCCAACCACACCCAGGGCCUUCAAGUCGCUCUCGGUAUCAACUCGACCUGGGCCGAGAAGGUUAUCGCUUCUGGGUUGUUUCCUAUCAUCAGUACAGGCAAUCUUACCCUCGACUCAUUCAAUGUGUCGCAACGUAUUGCAACCGACAAGACAUUUCGCUGUGUCGAUCAGGCCACCGUCUAUGCCGGUGCUCAGACCAAAGCUUUUCAGAAAGCGUACUAUUAUCAGUUUGAGCGUACGAUCAAUGGCUACGAUCCUAACAAUCUUGGUGGGCCGAAGGACAACAACCCGAAGAAUCCAUACUUUCGGUUCCAUGGUGCUGACAUGCCGUGGGUCUUUGGUACACUGAACACCAUUCGUGAGCCCGAGGAUCUAUGGUCAGUGCAACUGGUAUCAAGUUAUUUCGGAUCCUUUGUAAGAAGCGGUGACCCAAAUCCUGACCUGAAGUACCUGAAGGCCCGCGGUUACAACAAGGUCAUCGAGGGUGUGAAGAAUCAUGGCCAAUGGAACCAGGUCGCUGGGGGCAAAAAGAGUGGUGAUGAGGUUAGAUUGCUGGAUUGGCCAAGUAUAAAUACCGGAUACGUGGAUGUGGAGCAAUGCAACUGGCUGGGCUAUCCAUUGGACUACUAUUUGAAAGGAGGUAUCUAAAUAAUAAGCUCUGGAUAUCAAUUUAAUGCUGCCCUGUCUUAUGUAUCACAGAGCUACUUUACAGCUGUCAUUGGAUCCAUCGAACAAGAUCUUGGUUGCUCUUAUCGAGCAUAUUCGUCUCGAUGUCUACGUUGACCCUCAAGACACAGAUAUCCUUUAUCUCGUGUUUGUCACCCCGAAGAACAGGAAUCGAUCAAGCUAUUGCAUCGCCUAUCAUCUCGAUCCACACCUUCUCGAACGGGUUCCAAAUGCUGUAGAACUGAUAGCAGUUCAAAUACCUAGGUCGCUGGUGACUGGGCAUGUACCUCAUAUCACAUCGUUCAUGCACGACACGGAGCAUAGCUACAAUCAAACUUCAAUAAGCUAUUGGCGAGCAAUUUGGGGGACAAGGGUCCCCUCACCGUGAACCCUCGACCACAUGAACGCUGCUUGUACCGAUAAGCUAAAAGCGUU